UGGUCGUGACGUAAUACGAUAUACUCGACAGUCAGAGGUCUGGGGGUCUGCUGUAUGACCUUGCAGUGUUUGUAAACAGACACACGUUGUCGUUCGUAAAGUCUCGAAGAUAGGAGUAAAUCCGGAUCGAACGAGGCCGUGUCACCGAGGAUCGGACCGGGAAACUUGACGAAAAGGCCCAGCCACGGAAAGGAUGGAGGUAGAGCCCGCGUGUAUCGCGGAAAACGAGAUGGAGGGAUCUCGCGGUGAUCGGAAAGAGGGGGGUAAGAGGGGACGCAAGCCUGGAAGGAAGGCGUCCGAUAAGACGGAUAUGAAAGCCAAGCUUGGUAAGAUCCUAGAGCGAAGUCGGCAGAGUGCGAGGGAGUGUCGCGCUCGGAAGAAGCUGAGGUAUCAAUACCUGGAAGAGUUGGUGGCCGACCGCGAGAAAGCAGUGCUCGCUCUCAGGAAGGAGCUGGAGAUGUAUCGACAGUGGGGACAGGAAUUGGACGCCGGACGAGUUCCCGAAGGGCUGCAGGCGAUGCUGGAGGACUUCGGCUCCCUGAAGCGGGAGAAGAUGGUCAACUAACCCGGAGAGGAGAGGAAGACACGAGUCAUGAACGUCGAGCCCCCGCCAUCUCCUUCUUUCCCUCGCCGUGUGCACUCCCCUUUUCUUUUUGUAUUUUUACCGCUUUCGCCGCGAUCCUCUGGUGGUCGGUAGCUUCUUCUUCCCCCUACUUCUGUACAGUGUCUUAUAUCGAACGAAUUUGCCGGGGGCCAGUCCCCGCGGCCCGAAUUCGCCGCCAGCGGCUCGUUCGACGGCCGUCUCGCGUCUCGCCGACGGUCGAUCCGUCGGGACGCGAUCGACACGUUCGCUACCCGACGUCGCAUACCUGUGGCUGCCACGGUUGCGCGUCCAUUCGCGAAGGAAUAUGAAAUUGCGCGAAUAUUGUUACUUAAAAUUGUAAGACGUUGCAUUUAGGAGUUUAGCGAUUAAGCUUCUAGCUUGAUUCUUUUCGAUAUUUUAUUUGGAAGAUUGAAGUAUAUUGUUAUUGGAAGAUGUACGAUGUUGUAUUUGGGAAUUCGAUUAUUUUUAUGGGGUUCAGUUCUCUUUGAAUGUUUUAUUUAUUGGAGUAUUGCAACUGAGAGAAUAGUUAACGAAACGGACGGUAUCGGUAUUGUUAUUUAAGGGUAGAGGAUACGACUUUAUGUUUAAGAACUCGAUAACUCUCUUUUGGUUUCAGUUUUGGAAUAGUUUAUUUAUGAGAUUUGUUGGACUUCGUUGGGUAUUGGGACUGGGAAGAUUACCGAAACGAAUGGUAGCGAACGUGUUACGGAGAGAAAAAAAGGAAAAGUGAAAUGAUCAUUGUUCCGUGCGAACCAUAGGUUCGUACUUCACGCCGGUUCCCCGCGUUUCUGUCGCCUUUUUUCGGCUAUUACCUGUUUUUUCCCGGAGAAACUGAUUUGGCGUUGUUGUUUCUCCGAUCGUUACCUCUAUAUAGAUAUAUAUAUAUAUAUAUAUGUGUAUGCGCAUGUCGUUUUUGUUUUGCGAACGGAAAAAACGAAAAAAUUAAAGGAACGUUGUUUGUAUCCCUUGUUAUCCGCGACAACACGUUGAGUUGACUUUUUUUUUAAUUAGUUUUUGUGUUUCGACGACGGCCGACGAUGAAGCUUCGCGCGCACCGCACGGUGCCCUCGACGUACUCAUACUUACGUAUGUACCUAAUACACGUACCUUUUCGCCGCGCAGUUUAUUAGAGAGAGAGAGAGAGAGAGAGAGAGAGAGAGAGAGAGAGAGAGAAAG